GUGGUGAUAAUCGCUUCGCUUUAGUUUCCGUUUUCGAUCGAAGUAUCUGCCGUCGCAAAGAUGAGGACCGUUUUCAUCGUAAUCAGUAUUUUAGUCUGUUUAGCCGUUCAUUCCAUACAGGAAGAAAUCCCUAUCUGUAGAGAUAAUCAGGUUUAUAAAAAAUGUGGAACUGCGUGUCCUGAUGCAUGUGAUGUUCCGGAACGUCAAAAUUGUCUUGCAGUUUGUGUAAAGGGCUGUUUCUGUAAAGAGGGAUACAUAUUGAUAUCCAGAAACUCAACGUACUGCAUUCGAGAGAAAGAUUGUCCGAAAUGUCCCUAUCCUAAUACAUGUAAAGGCCAUUCUCAUUAAUGAGAUAGAAUGGUCGAUAAUACAUUAAAACAAUUGUAUCGAUCGUAUCUAUAUAAAUAUAUAUUGCUAUGAUAAUGUAUUAAAGCUA